UUUUACUUUGUCAUUGUGGCUUUAACCUAGUGACAUUGUUUUAAGUUUUAGAGCGCAAGUGUAGAAAAACUAAAUGGGAGAUCGAAGGAUUCAACAGUUGGAAUUGUGCCAUCGCGAAAUGUUUGGAAACAUGGUUACAACCUGCGUAAACCCCGGUGUGGUCUUACAACCCGCUACUCUUUUGGUGCAACCCGUCGGUUUCCCCGUUCAAGUGUUCGAGAAGAGACGGGAAAAAAUCCAGUUAAGACGAACGCAGUCUUGCAACUACGAGGAUCAGCUGCCGAAUCCUGAACAUGAUCAGCGCCGUGCCAGCGCCUUAGUGGACGAACUGUUGAUGGACAUUUACAACAGCCCACAAAACUUUUCAACCGACUACUACUCUACUUCGGGAAAGAGCCAGAGAGGGUCCUGGAUUGAAGUCGUGGAUCUGCAUGAGAAAGGCGAGAAUAGGGAGGGUUUUGGGGUAUUCGUCCGGGUUUUAAACAGUUUUGUAUCUGCAGAUGUAAACGAGCUGCAGACGAUCAUCGGUUGCCUACAAGAACACAUCGGACGCACUGGUAGUGUCCUGGUUCGGCAGUUGAAGCGUCGCGACGCCCUGCGUCGCCAACAACAAUCAACCUGCGGCAUUAUUUCAAGAAUGCUUUACGAACGUGCUUCUGAACCUGCAAAUAUGCGUUUCACCAUUCAACCGGCUCCAGGCGAAUCUGGAUUUUCUCAAUGGGUGGCGGCGAUGAAAAUGGUCGCUCAAUUGCCCGGAGGAAUUCCUGCAGAGUUUCGCCGGAGACUUUGGCUGACCAUGGCCGAACGACAUCUGGACUCUCAGGAUAUCGAUUGGUCAGAAACAGAAAAAUUCUGCUUUAGCGAAUGGUCGCAUCCAACUGACGCUGAACUGGGCAUUCAAAUCGUCAAAGACCUGCACAGAACCGGUUGCAGUCUUUUCUGCGGCGAAGAUGGACAGGAAAAUCAGGCCCUGCUAAAAAAAGUCCUUUUGGCUUAUGCCCGAUGGAAUAAAGCAGUUGGAUAUUGUCAGGGAUUCAACAUGUUGGCGGCUUUAAUUCUCCAAGUGACCGAUCGGUGUGAAAGCGACGCCCUCAAACUGAUGAUCUACUUGAUUGAGGGCGUUUUACCCGAUUCGUACUUUGCGGACAGUUUAAGAGGUCUAUCGGUGGACAUGGCAGUGUUUCGGGAACUUCUUCGCAGCAAACUGCCCAGAUUAUCAAAGCAUUUGGAUGUUCUUCAGAAUGCAGCCAAAGAUGGUUCGCGUAGCUACGAGCCGCCGUUAACAAACGUUUUCACCAUGCAAUGGUUCCUGACGUUGUUCUGCAACUGUUUGCCUCAUCCCACUGUUCUACGAGUUUGGGACCUGAUUUUCCUGGAAGGAAACGAAGUUCUUCUGCGUACAGCAGUGGCCAUCUGGCAAGUGCUGGCGCAAAGAAUCCUCUCGGUUCGAACAGCCGAUGAAUUCUACUGCAUGAUGGGGGCCUUAACCAGGGAACUGCUCGAAUCCAAUCUGAUUGACGCCAAUACGCUGAUUAAAGCGAUCGUGGCCAUCGGGCCGCUGAAGGAGCUGAAGAACUUGAGGGAUCAUUAUUUGUACAAUAUCACGCCCUGGGGAACGUCGAUGCCUCGGCCGGUGGAAAAGCAGAUCAGCUUGCAUCUGAAGCACAACAUUCCGUUGGACAUCAGCGCCCUGAAGAAGCAAUAUUUGAAGCUGAAGCAGCGGCAGCGGCAGGCGCAUGUUAUUUUUUCUUCGGCGAUAUCGGGACAGCCGGCUCCUGCCCCGGCCCUUGCCAUUAACCAUCUUCUAGUAGGGAAGCGAGCUUUAGGUUCUGCAAGACGUCCAGCACCGCCAAAGGGCAGCAUCCCGCCAGCUCGUCAAAUCCACCCCAGCACCAUCCAGUGGAAGGACGCAGAAAAACAGAGCUCCAGCUCCAGUUCGAGCGACACUGAGCUAUGCGACGACGACGUGCAGAGUUCUUCCGAAGAAGAUGCGAAGCCUCCGAGCCAAAGUCAAUUAACCGACAAUCCCAGUCCUGGUGAUAUUAGUUUAAAAAAAUGCGACAAUACUGAAGGAAACGCUGCCUCUGUAGCUAACAGUUUAAGAGCGUCCCCGGUGAAGCUGAUGUCUGACUCAGAGGACGAAAGCGCUGAGUUCGAGCACUUUUUAGCUGAUCGUGUCAAGUAUCUGAAGGAGAACAAUAGUGAGAGUGAGCCGGCUAAUGUGAGCGCCAGCAGCCAUUCCAGGCGCAAUAGUGAGCUGGCGCUGCAAAUUAUACAGGAGAAUUCGAUGAUUUUACGCAGGAUGAUGCAGUGUCAGUCGCGACUUUCUCCUUCACCUCCGCUGUAUUUUAAGGAUGAGGCCGAAGGCGAGUUGAACCCUGCAGAAGCAGUCACUGACCUGCCGGCUCAGAAACAAGACACCGUAUACUCUCAGAGUGGGGAAGCAGAAAAUUUCCCAGAAAACCCUCAGAUUAACUCGCGAUUUCACAACAUCCUGGAGAAAAGCAAAAGUCUGGACGAGCGCUGCAAUCACCUCUUUUAUGGCGAGUUUUUGCAGCAGAAGUCUGCCCGACUGGAGGGUUUGCACGAAAGCAAGUCGGAAACGCCACUGGCAAUUGCAAGUGAUGACCAGCUCAAUCCCGCCGGAUCCAAGGAAAAGUCCCUGGAUAAUAGAAAGUCUGGCGAGUUGAUUCAACAGAACGUCGAGUUGCUGAAGGCUCUGGCAGCUAAUAAGAGCAAAGACCCGCAGCAGGAUAGACUGCAGUUGUCCACCAGGCUUAUUAAGGAAAACGUGGACUUGCUCAAGUCCAUCAGCAGUGAAAAACCGUGCCUCAGCGACUCAAGGGAUGGGAAUAGUGAACCUUUUAAGGCGGAUAUUAGGAGUGUUGUUGCGAUUUUUGAGGAUUCAGCUUCAAUAUUGGCAAACGAAGCCCUUCAGCCCAACGGGGGACGCUUGGAAGGUGCUGGUGUAACUUUGGACUGUUCUUCCCAGCUUCCUCCUUUGAAUGAGAAUGACUAUCCAGUGCCUGCUCACAACUCAUCAGUAGCUGAAGAAUUCUCCUCAGUUGAUCUGCUGUCUGAUUAUAAAACUGAAGAUUGCGGAUGGAAUAAGGAAGACGAUAAGGACUCAGCCAUCAGUGUAAAUGGUGGGCAAAGCUCAGAAACUGCAACUUCGCACUGCUUGAUCAACUUUGAUGACGAUUUACCGCUAAAUGAGCAGCAGGAGCGAUAUGCUAUUAGCUAUGAAAGCUGUGAUACACCUUCGACUAGUUUCACCUUGAAAAGUGAUCAUUUCAGUGCGAGCACUCCAAGCUUCUCGGCUUCGAGGGCGCUUAGUGAGGAACAGUUGAGCCUGAGUAAGUCGCCCAGUCACGUUUUUAAUCCGUUCCCUGUUGCCCUCAAUUCCAGGCAAAGUAAGGAAGUUCCUUUAAAGCUCGGACUUUAUAGGAAGUAAGUUGGAGUUGGCGUAUUCAAUUGUGCCUGGAACAUUAGGACUUGUUGAUCCGUUCCAUUUGAGUUGCUGUUGUAAUUGGUUCCUGAUUGUUUCUUAUUGAUUAUUGAUGAGUCGAGAAAGUGUCUUUCAAAGUGUUUUUCUCGGUUAAAGAAAUGGGUUUGAAAAGAGUUUUUAAAGUGGAUUUUUGUUCGCUUUCUCGUCUUUUGAAGAUAUCAAACUAUAUACUUAGUACAAAGUUAGGUUACCGUGUAAAAUUAGUCGUUGGAUGUCUGUGUUGUAAUCAUCUAGUUACGUUUUUCGCAAUUUAUACGUCCAAAUUCUACUGUAUACAACUUAUUAAAAACUGGCAAAAUUUGCAGGCUUUUGGGACAUUUGUCCAUGAUGUCUUGAAAGCUCAAAAAUGUUGCAUCGUUCCCGGCCCCGACAGCCUAACUUGUUCGAUAGUUUCAUAAAAGCUCAAAGUUCUCGAUUUCUUAUAACUAUUAUUGUUGCAUAUAGAACUACUUUAGCCCAUGCAGCUGAAUGUGAUGCGCUUUUAAUUAAUUUUCCCAUUUAAAAAAUGGAUGAUAGCGGUAUGGUGUGAAGGAUUAAUACAAUAGUAGCCAUAAGUCGUUUCCUGUUGGAAACAUGUUAAUUGCGCUGUGCCAGUCCAUUUGUUCCGACUAUUGCCUCUUAAUCAAAAUGUACUUGAUAUAUUUUCCAUAGCGGCUGAUAGAAUAUACUGUGAAACUGUUACUGAAGAAAUAAAUUGCAAUAUUUCGAUUUU